AUGAGUAUUGAGUACGUUCUAGAAUUCGAAGAGUCAAAUGUGGCGAAGAGAAACCAAACUGUGUGCGAUGCACCAGUACAGGCCGACCACCCACUUUCAUUGCUGCCCAAUACUGUGUGGCGUGAGCGUCGUGCCUUUGCCUACUACUUCCAGCAGGCUGCUGUGUCCCUCGGUGGUGGACUGGAUGUUCAUUUCUGGCGGUCUAUUGUUCCGCAAGUCUGUCGAAGUGAACCGGGCGUAUGGGAUGCCAUCAUCGCACUUAGUGACCUGUUUGAGAGUCCCGCGCAGGACCCUCGUUCUCCCAGUCCGAAGCGCCGAGACGCGUUAAGCUGGUAUUCACGAUCGGUGUCUGCUGUCCGUCAGCGAAUUCAGCGAGGUGACAUAGAUAUUUUUGCCGGACUAAUAACCUGUGUUCUCUUUAUCAGCAUUGAAGCCAUCCAGGGAAAUGAGCAGGAGGCCUUGCAGCUGUAUGGUCAGGGUGUGCAUCUCAUUCGCACGCUGCGCGCUCAAAUAGCGUGUGGGGUUGUGUCAGCAACCAAAGCUUCCUUGUUAGAGGAUGUUAUCGUCCCAAUAUUCGUCCGUCUCGGAGUAAUUGCUCUCACUAUUGCUCAUCUUCCAGUGAGUGGUCUACUGCUAGACAAUGAUCCUACACUAGUGCAGGAAUUUACCUCCCUCAAGUCCGCUCGGGAGGCCAUCGCUCUCCUAAGCACUGAGAUCCAGCUCUUUGAGCGCACUUGCAUUGAGCAUCGACACGAGUCUCAUUCCUCCAAUAUGCACCCAGAAUUGAUGGACCGACAAAUGGUCCUGUCACGCAGGUUAAAGGGCUGGCAUACUGCCUUUACCGUCCUCAUUGAAGGUCUACACGCGAAAGGUGUUCUAUCACAGCAACAGAUUGGCACAGGUGCCCUUCUUUUAACCUACUAUGAGAUGUCAUUUGUUAUACUUGCAACCUGCAUAUCCUCAUCACACAUGGUAUAUGACGCUUACGCGGCAAAUUUCCAAAAUAUAGUUGAACAGUCUAGCAUUGCUAUCAAUGCAUUAGCACGAUCGGACGGCACACAACCGCCGUUUACGUUUGAAAUGAACGCCGGUUUUCCGCUUUGGUUCACCUGCCUCAGAUGCCGGGAACCCAAGAUCCGACGCAUGGCACUAGCUCUGUUUCGUCGAGGACCUCAAGCUCAGGGUUUCUACAACUCCGCCGGAGCAGCAGCCCUGGGUGAAAGAGUCAUGAUGCUAGAAGAAGCGUUGGCAGCUAGAGCAAAUCAGGGUAAAGCCGAGUCUCUAAGACAGGAAUCAACCAAUUCAGCUAUUGAAAAUAAGGCCUAUAAUCUAGACCAUGAUACCGACGUUUCCAAGGCCGAUUCUAGUUGUCUCCCUGUUUCUCAAGACUCUGAACUCGCAGUGUUUGUUCCGGAAGAAGCACGUCUCGGACCCAUUGGUAUCUUUCGGUCACAAGAUGGAUUUCCGCCAGGAACGAAGGAGGAAGACGUCGCGAAGUGGAACCAAAGGCGCGACCAGACCUUUUUGCGGUUCUCACGGAACGAGUAUGAUCAAACGAGCGACACCUGGCGUGUUGUUCAUGACUAUGUUCCUAUUGAUAAUUGA